GACUUCGGUGAUAAUGCGGUGUCUGGUGAGCGGCGUCUGGCUAGCGCGUUCGACAGACGAUAACGUAAGACUGACAUCAACCACAGGGGCAGGCAUAGGCACGGCGGACGCCACGUACCGCACUGAGAAGCAUUCUUGUAGUGGCGCAUGUUUGACGAAGUAAGCAACAGCCGUGCCUUGAACAAUGUGUCGACGUUCCCUGCUACAAUUCGUCAGCAGGAGUUCAGCAUGUCCGUCGUGUACGUUAAUUACGACCCUGGCGAUGGAAACCCCUUGACUCAGUACCAGUGCAUCGAUGUGUUCAGCGGCUCCAGUCCCGGUGCGCAAGUUGACGCAGAUUACAGGCACGAGGGAACAACUGCGCGGCGGAAGCGUCACUUCGUUGUCGGCGACAGGGCAAAAACAGCGCGUAUGGAAACCACGAAGCCAUGUACAAAGGCCGUGCCGAUUAUCCAACGGAAGGCAAUGAUGGCGCUGGCUCCCAGCGGUUGCAGCGACGGCAAUGCUGCACCGAACGAGGAUCGAAGGAGCAAGCAAUGCAUGAGUCACCAAGAUUUUCCAGGAACCAGAAGGCCCUAAGCCUGCCUGGCUUCCCGGUCGUAAGCUUCGCGAAGAUGCGGCAGACCAAGUGGUAGAGCCUCCCAGUUGUCGAGGUCUUGCCGGAAACAGGAGGCCCUAAACCAUGCCCAGAGGCACACCUUGUCCGGUCUUCCUCCUCAACCUCGUUCUGACAAGUGCACACAGCAGGUCGCCGGAAGUAGCAGCCGCCCGUUCGCUGCCAUUCCACUCCUGUUAACCGCACCACGCAGUUAACAGGAGGGGAAGAUAGCAGAUGAUGAUCGUUGCUGAAAUGGCGCUGCUUCCACUACCGUUGCAAACUGACCUCAAGCGCCCAUGAGAUUCUCGUCGUAGCCGUCGUUGAACUCCUCUUCUUCGGAAUCGUUGUCAUCAUCUUCAGUGCCGCUGCCGCCGGCUGGCAUCGAGGAACUGCCGCGAGAGUCCGAGACUUCGCCCUCCUCGUAUUCGGACGAGGACGACGCCCCGCUCUUGUUCUCGGCUUCGCUACCCAAUGAGCGGUUUUUCCGAGCAGUUUUCUUCGACAGCUUGCCUUUGCGUGCGCUGGCGGCUCCCUUACCGUCAAUGGUCCAGUCGUCGUCACGCUCUGACGUCUCCGAGUCGUUUGACGCGGCCGCGCCGCCGGGUUUGGAGCCACGCAUGGUGUCCGUGCUUCGACAACUUGUCGUGAUGAUAAAGUGCUGCAUCGCUUUGAUGCAGUAAUUGCACUGGCAAGUCUCUUCUCCAACGGUGGCGCUGGGAGCUUCAGCAGCGUGUGUCCCAUGCCAGACCCGAUGAUGAUGACAGAGCUGGUGGAAACGCUCCCAGAGCUGCAGCUCGCACCGCGAUGAUGGUUACACAUCAGGCCGCCCGCCAUCCCCACAAUCAAGGUCGGUCCCGGAACGCAGCCGGGGCCCCACGUUACGUGCGCCAAUGUGGGAACGGCGCGGUUCCUCAGUUCACGCCGGCAGGCCCUAGUCCUGGGUGGCCGCGCCCAAGAGCGCCCAGCCGAGCCUCGAAGCACCACUCGCGCUCAUGAUUCACUGCGUCCUCCACUUAUUCGACUGCUGGCUCCGAUGCUGGAGUUCGCAUAGUAUGUAAAUAUCUGUGUGCGUCUGUAACCG